UAAGGGACAAGCUUGAAAUAAAUAUGUGCUACUACCGAAAAAAUACAUUAAAUUCAUCAAUCAAUUCAGAAAACUAUCACCUCCUAAUUGUUGCAUAAUGGGUGAAGAAGCAAAAAGGUAUGCUGUUGUGACAGGAGCAAAUAAGGGAAUUGGUUAUGGAAUAUGUAAGAAAUUGGUUUUAAGUGGUGUUGUGGUUGUGUUAACAGCAAGAAAUGAAGAGAGGGGUUUGGAAGCUGUAGAAAGGCUCAAAAAAGAGAUAGGUCUUUAUGAUCUUGUGGUUUUUCAUCAGCUUGAUGUGGAUGAUUCUACCAGUGUUGCAACCUUAGCUUUUUUCAUUGAAACCAUGUUUGGGAAACUUGAUAUCUUGGUGAAUAAUGCUGCUGUAAGUGGAGGGAAAAUAUUAAAUGGUGAUGCUCUACUUAGAAAGAGAAAUGGAGCAGAAAUUGAUUGGAAAGAAGUAGGUUAUGAAAACUAUGAGCUAGCAGAAAAUUGUUUGAAAACAAACUUCUAUGGAGUAGAAAGAGUAACAGAAGCUCUUCUUCCUCUUCUCCACCUAUCCACUUCUCCAACCAUUGUCAACAUUUCUUCUAGAGCAGGACUCUUAAAGAAUAUAUCAAAUGAGUAUGCUAGAAAAGUGUUUAGUGACAUUGAAAACUUAACAAAGGAAAAAAUAGAUGAGGUGCUUAAGGAGUUUGAGAAAGAUUACAAAGAUGGGUUAUUAGAGAUCAAAGGAUGGCCAACUUUUGCUUCUGCUUAUACAAUGUCAAAAGCAGCUUUAAAUGCAUACACAAGGAUAAUGGCCAAGAAAUAUCCUCAUUUUCAGAUAAACUGUGUUUGUCCUGGCUUUGUCAAGACUGAUAUGAAUAAGAAUACUGGAAACUUAAGCAUUGAUGAAGGUGUUGAAACUCCUAUAAUGUUGGCACUUUUGCCAAAUUGUGGUGUUUCUGGUUGUUUCUUUAAUAAGGGUGAAGUGAUAAGCUUUUGAUUAUCCAAAUAGUGAUCUUCUUUUUUAGAAAUGAAGUUGUGUACCGUUUUGAUCAAAAGUAUGUGUUAUGUAUUAAAGAGAAUGAAUAAUGGACCAUAUGUAAGAAAAUCAAA